AACUUGCAAAGACAGAAACGGCCCUUUCAUUUCCUGGGCGGGCACUCGAAAAAGAGAAAGAGAAAAGCGCAAACCUGAGGCCUGGGAGAGGAAGAAAAAAAAGUGCUAUCUUAUGCCGUUGUGUUGCAAGCUGAAACCGGCAGAGAGAGAGAGAGAGAGAGUAAGGAAGUUCAGCAUGUAGCUCGCGUCUUACUGACACAAAACGGGGAACCUGGUGUCGAGCUCUGGGGCCGCCUUACCAUCUUGGAGGCUUGUCUGUCUUUUAUUGUAGUGGAAUCUGCUGAACAUACAAGAAAAGUGUCUUCUCUUUUUUUUAACAAGUAAUUUUAAAUUAUCAGCAAAGAAAAUUGAGUAGCUGGAUGGAAACUGAACUGUUUAGCCUUGCAAGUAACUCAUAUCUGGACUGAAGGCUCCAGGUUAACUCAGAAAAGGUUAAUUUUGCUUUUGCUGUAUUUUGAUAUGAUUUAAAGGAAGACAAACUGAAAAAAAUAGGGUAUGAUGAGGUCUUGAAAGGUAAAAGUUAUGUUUUUAUCUGCAUCAGAAGGAACAAAACCUACAUGAUUUUUGAUAGACUUUUGAGGAACUUUCAGUCAUCUGAUUAGUACUUUCUUUACAUUAAAGAAAGGCACAAAAGUCAGACAAUUGGCAGAAAGACGAUUGAAAGGAAGAAUCAUCCGUUAUGCCAGGACGACUAAGUGCAGACACCUGGCUCACCUUUUAGAAUCACUCUUCAGAACUGUGUUUGCAUGUUAGUGUUCCUACGUGGAGUGACUCUCCUGUGAAACCAUGAAGUUGCUAGGAUUGUUACUGCUGACGGCUCUCUUGUUGGACUCCUGGUCUUGGACACAAGGCAUGUCUACCUGCAAGACCCUGGACAUGGAGUUUGUCCGCAAAAAGCGCAUAGAAGCUAUUCGUGGCCAAAUUCUGAGUAAGCUUAAAAUGUCUCAGGAGCCGACCACUGAGAGUGAUGGGGUCACUGUACCCCUGGAGGUGAUGUCCCUCUACAACAGCACCCGUGAUAUGGUACAGGACAUGUCAAAUCAGGUUGUCGAUGGCGCCCAAUGGGAGACUGCAGAGGAAGAUUACUUCGCAAAGGAAGUGCACAAGUUCAAAAUGAUUAAAAACGAACAUGCAAGCACUUUUCAGAGACAAAUUACCUUCAACGUGACUGAAAUGAAAACCGUCAUUAGCAACGUGAACCUCCUGUAUCGAGCCGAGCUGAGGGUCCUGGUGAAAACCACCACUGCACCAGGGGAUGAACAGCAGGUGGAGCUCUACAUGAGCCUCGGAGCAAACAAGAGCAAAUAUCUGGAGACACGAUUUGUGAGCUCUAAAGACUCGGACAAGUGGAUGUACUUCAAUGUGACAGAGUCCAUCCAAACAUGGCUGAAGAGUAAUGAAUCAACGCAGACACUUGAUUUCAAGUUGCACUGUAAUUGUGGGGGAGAGCAGGGCACCAUACAGUUCCAGUUUUCCGGCCUAGACUCAAAUCGAGGAGACUUAGAGAAAAUGUCAGAGAUGAACCCCAUGUCUCCUCAUAUCAUCGCUAUGACAAUCCCAGAGGAACGCUCCAGCACCAUGAGCAGCUCUCGCAGAAAACGAGCACUCGACACCAAUUACUGCUUCAGCACUGAGGAGAAGAAUUGCUGUGUGCGACCAUUGUACAUUGAUUUCCGCAAAGACCUUGGCUGGAAGUGGAUCCACGAGCCCAAAGGCUAUUAUGCCAAUUACUGCAUGGGACCAUGUGCCUACAUCUGGAAUGCAGAUAACAAGUACACCCAGAUACUUGCUCUCUACAAUCAUCACAACCCUGGAGCGUCUGCUCAGCCAUGCUGCGUCCCCCAGGUCCUAGAGCCUCUCCCAAUACUUUACUAUGUGGGUCGAAACCAUAAAGUGGAGCAGCUCUCCAACAUGGUGGUGAAGUCCUGCAAGUGUAGCUGAAGCCUUGGUGGCUGCCUGGAGACUUUAGAACUCACCCUCUUCCUUUCCCCAUCCCAGACCUUUAUUGAUCCAGCCCAUUAUCCUGGACUCGCUGAGUGAGCAGUAACAAGACAAAACGAGGCUUACUGACCCUAUUUAUAGAAGGAAGUGAUCUAGGUAUCAGCCUAGACUCCACUGCUUGCUCUAGCAGCCCGCUGGAGACAAAAUGACCGGGUUGCAAACUAAAUGUUUUAUAACAAAAUUGUUUUCUAUUGAGAAUCAGAAUGGUGGCACAAGGAGAUGGAAAUGAGUAUUCAACAGGCACUUCCUUUAAACCCGAGGAGUUAAGUGCAUGAUGGCUCAGCUUGGAGUGUGGAAACAACAGCCAAUAAAAAUGAACCAAACUGAUGAGACCUUUUUAGUCCUGAGCUACUAAGGAUGUAUCCUGCUGCACGUGUGGGCAGGGACCACCUUGCAGAGGCUUUGCUUACCCUGAAAUGGCUCACUGCAGCUUCACGCUUUUAGGCCUUCUGUAAAUUGCUGUGCAGAGGGUUCACAUCUUUGUUGCAUUGAGGACUGCAUUGCUGCAGCCUAACCUACAAAAAAAAAACAAAAACAACUCCAUUACUGAUGUCUCAUGCCAUUGUUACAUCUAUGGACUGCAUUGAUGGAAUUUUGCACCUGCCUCUUAUCUCCAAAAUUCCAGGGUCUGUUCACAUCUAGAAAUAUUGUCACUGAGAGCUAAUGUCACUGUUACAUCUGCAGCAUUACAGCCUAGGUUACCAAAUACAAAUCUGCAUUGCACUGGACUUAAAGCUGCCUUUCAUCUCAUUACUUCAUCACAAAGGCCUGGCACCGUGUAUCACUGAGGGCCCACAUCCACCGGCAAAUUGUUUUAGUGAGGCCUAAUGUCAGAUUUACGUUUGUUGACUACGCCAUUACGGCAUGAAGCGCCGAAAGGAGAAAUUACAUGAAUACCAAGCUUGCUGAAUUGAAUGGUUCUGUUCCUGUCAACAUUGUUUUAGCACUUUGGUAUUACUGCAGUCCCGCAUGGCAUUGGCCUAAUCCAUGCCUUUCGUUAUUGAGUCAAUCUGUAUUGACAAUCUGUAUCAUUUACAUUUAUUUGUUCAGCUGACACAUUUAUCCAAAGUGACUUACAUAAGAGUUCAACAUAAUUGAAUAAAUCUCAAACUGGGUGGUAAUUUGCAACACAUGUGACAGGAGAAGGGUACAAAAGAGAUCACCAAAAGUAAAGAAUUCAGAACAAAUUACAAGCAAGUUACACUUCCUAGGCUAUAAAAACAUAACACAGCCAUCAUCAGUUAGACAGAAAUUCACCAAGCAAGUCUUUAAAUGCUUUUUAAAGACAAUGAGCUAAUUAGAACUUCGAAUGGAGGUCAGCUGCUCAUUCCAUCAUCUACAAGCUACAUGUGAAGAGUCUGGAUUGAGAUUUGAUAUAAGGCAGAGGUGGCAUCACCAGACGCCAGACAUCAGCAGACAUGAGUGGGCUAGAAGGAGCAUAGGACGUCACAAAUGUCUCUCUCUAUAUAUAUGCAAGAAUUAAGAGUUUGAACUUAAUAGAUGCUGCUGUAGAAAGCCAAUGUA